CAAACAGACCCUAAUUGGCAUCUUUCCCAAAUCCCAACCCACACAAAAAGGUCCCUGCCUUUCUCCUCUCCUCACCUCUCUUUAUACCCUGAAAUCUUGAGCACCAUGUCAAUGGCAACUUCGCAUCACACUAAUUUUCUCCAAAACCCUAAUCGCCCCCUCAAGAACCCUGCCACGCAAAACAACGUUUUUCCCGUUACCUCCGCGCGCACUAUCAAGAACGCCCCAAUCAGACCUGUUUCGAUCAAAUGCGCAGCCCCAACUGCCACUCAAAUCCAGGAUCUUUCUCGGGGUCAGACCCAAUCCCAAGAUCGGGUCUUCAACUUCGCCGCUGGACCGGCGACGCUACCGGAGAACGUACUCCUAAGAGCUCAGUCGGAGCUCUACGACUGGCGCGGAUGCGGCAUGAGCGUCAUGGAGAUGAGCCACAGAGGGAAGGAGUUUCUGUCCAUAGUCCAGAAGGCGGAAGCAGAUCUGCGUGCCCUAUUGGAGAUUCCGCCGGAAUAUGCUGUUCUGUUCUUGCAAGGUGGCGCCACCACCCAGUUCGCCGCGGUGCCGUUGAACCUCUGCAAGCAGGACGAUCGCGUGGAUUAUUUGGUCACUGGGUCGUGGGGCGACAAGGCCUUCAAGGAGGCCCAGAAGUACUGCAAGCCCAAUGUGAUUUGGUCUGGUAAAUCAGAGAAGUACACGAAGAUUCCAUCUUGUGAUGGGUUGGAGCAGAACCCGCUGGCAAGGUAUCUGCAUAUAUGUGCGAACGAGACGAUUCACGGAGUGGAGUUCAAGGAUUAUCCCGUCCCAAAGAAUCCAAAUGGUAUUUUGGUCGCAGAUAUGUCUUCAAAUUUCUGUUCAAAGCCGGUGGAUGUGUCCAAAUUUGGUGUGAUCUAUGCUGGAGCACAGAAGAAUGUAGGGCCGUCCGGUGUGACGAUUGUGAUCAUCAGGAAAGAUCUGAUAGGGAAUGCUCAGGAUGUGACUCCUGUGAUGCUUGAUUACAAUGUACAGGCUGAGAACAGCUCGUUGUACAAUACUCCUCCUUGUUAUGGCAUUUACAUGUGCGGGUUGGUCUUCGAGGACCUGUUGGAUCAAGGGGGUCUGAAGGAGGUCGAGAAGAAGAACAAGAAGAAGGCUGAACUUCUGUACGAUGCCAUUGAUGGUAGCAACGGAUUCUACAGAUGCCCAGUUGAGAAGUCUGUGAGGUCGUUGAUGAAUGUUCCGUUUACACUGGAGAAAUCGGACUUGGAGGCUGACUUUAUUAAGGAGGCAGUUAAGCAGAAGAUGGUUCAACUCAAGGGACACAGGUCGGUGGGUGGUAUGAGAGCUUCCAUAUACAAUGCCAUGCCUUUGGCCGGAGUUGAGAAGUUGGUGGCCUUUAUGAAGGAUUUCCAGGCGAGGCAUGCGUAGGCUGUCAUUUCUUCCCAGUAUGUUUUGUCUUCUUUUUCCUCUCUAGUGUGUCGUCUUUUGUUUGUAGGUUUAUUGUACUUUCCCCAUCUUCUGGGAUGAUUUGAAUUUCGGCAUUGACGAAAUCGUGUUGGUUUUGGUUGGGUCAUUAGUCAGCUGUAGAUCCUCUACCACGUUUGUUCGGUGGAUGUAAAGUACAAACGUAUUCAACUCGAAUAAAGUAAAUGAGCAUGAAAGACAAAAAUCAUCCUCCAUGAA